GUUUAGAGAUCCGUUAACCCCCCCCCCCUUCUCCCCUCCCCCGACCGACUUAGACUUCUCCUUCUAGACGCGACACGAGCGCACAACCGGUGGAACGCACUCUCACGCACGCACAACCUGCGGUACAGUCACCAGGGGGAAAUUCUAUCAUCCGCUCCUGGCACCCACUUUCCCACGGGUGGUGGCAGGAUGACAUCAUGCGCAUUUCAAAUAAAAAGGUGGGAUGACUGCGAACGUGGAGUGAGGAAACCAAUGAGAGGGAGAUAAGCCACCCCCCCUCCCUCCCUCCCCCCUGGAUGUCUUGAAGUUCGUGUACUCCGACCUCACCUGGCUUAUCGCUUGUGCGACACACCUUGCAAGCUCUGUAAAAAAAAAAAAAAAAAAAGAGAGAGAAACACAAAAGGAAGGUGUAGUUCACCCAGAUAAGACACAGCAGAAAACAGAGGGAUCAAAGGUCUCAGGACGGAACGCACUCCACGGUGAGAAACACCCGGCAGAGUCACGCGCGGCGAUUAAAAGUUUCUGUAGCCGAAGGAUGGGCGAUGUAACCGUUGAACAAGCCCCGUCACGUCCACGAGGAGCCCUUUGUGGCAGGUAGACGCUGCUUAGGUGCCGACAGAGACGUGUGUGCCUGCGUUCGAUCAGCGCGACGGAGACAAAGUGUUUCCCGAACGCGAUGUUAACGGCCCGAGUUCCUGAGACUCCUCCGCGGCCCAAACUGACAUGUCUGGAAAGGAAUGCUGUUGUGUCCACGCUAUCCGACCUCCCGCUGCUACCAAAAGCGCCGAUAAAACCUUUAUGGGCGAACUAAACCUGUUUGCUGUAGUGGCGUACAAAUUUAUCCGAAUGGAAUUAUGCUCGUGAGCGUCGCCGCUCCCUGAGGGUCCACUGUCCAGGACACAACGACUGAGGAUAUAUUCAUAUAUAUAUUAAAAGAGAGACAUUUAGGUGGAUCUCAUCCAGAGCUGCCAAGAUGCCACUUCGAACCUCGCUGCACAGAAAGCCCUCCUCCAGCCGGUGGCCCGGCAGGACCACCAAGCGCAGGGAGGUGCUGUCCGUCAACAUGAUCAGCCUGCCGCUGGCCGACUUCCGCCACAUCACGCACAUCGGCAACGGCGCCGACAGCUUCGGCGACCUCUCCUUCCUGAAGAUGGGCCGCGGCAUGCUUCUGAAGAGCUCCCAGAGCGAGCAGAACAUCUUCACGGCCUGCUCCUCGCCGCCGCCGCCGCCGAAGCCGCCCCGGCUGAACGUCGACGAGGGCGCCGAGAGCCCCGACCGGCGCUCGCGCCGCCCGUCCGCCGCGUCCCAGGGGAGGAAGAAGUGCAGCUCUCUGCCGCUGCUGGACGGCGAGGAAGGGGAAGAGGAGGAGGAGGGGGGGAAGGUGGACGGGUACCAGAGCGGGAACAGAGUCGCUCCCGUGCCGGCGAACGGCCUCGGACGGGGCAGCUUGAAUUCAGACAAGGACGAGGACUCCACCGACGCCGGAGACAAAACUGUGGCGCAGCGCAGGGAGGAGGACAGCGGCUUUUCCUUCAGCCUCGAUCUGGGCCCCUCAAUCCUGGAUGACGUCCUCCAGGUGAUGGACAAGUGCCAGUAGCCGGGAGCUACAGGAAGGCCUGUUGGGAAUACGCCUGAUUUUGCCGGCAAAUUCACACGGCCGUCGUUGAAAUGGACCCAGAGAUAUAACGUUAAAUGCUCCCUGGCUACCAAGUGCUGACAAGAAAAACCUUGAGGAGAACUUUCCUCGCCUACGUUUUAAAAGAGGUGAACGACACUGAAAAGACUGAUACACAGGAUGACAAAUUAUUUCUUUUUAAGAUCUGAUAGCACAGCAAUCUAGCGUAACGUUUUUUAGGAGCACCAGAUAUUUGGUCUAUAUAGCAAACUGAGCAGUGACGUUUAAAACUAAAAGACUGUAAGUGUGUGUUUUCCUUGGAUUUAACCCUCGUAGAGGUGAAGCUUGAGUUAAUAAUUUAAAUCUGUCAAAUGUCAGACUCUCUGACGAGAUGGGCCUUUUCCCCUUCCUUUACUCCCCUCCAGCCGGGCGCCGCUGCACUCGGCUGUUAGGACUUAAGGGUUUUGUGUUUAAGGAAAUAAAAGCUGCGGGAGUCGAAGGUC